AUGAUCUCCAGAUCCUUCUUCGCACUCGGCGUGGCCGCCCUGGCCGGCGUCGAGGUUGCGGCGCAGGCUCCUGCUGGGUUCGCGAGGGUUGUGAACGGUCAGUUCCAGAUGGAUGGCCAGCCUCUUGUCUACGCUGGCAGCAAUGCCUACUAUUGGCCCUUCAAUGUGUGGGGCACCGAUCACUACCAGGAUGUCGUGGUGGGCAUGGAGGCGGCGCUCGAUGCCGGCCUCAAGGUGGUGCGCACCUGGGCUUUCCACGACCAGAACCGGACCACCGUCUCCGGAGGGCUGCCCCAGUACGGCACCGGAGCGGAGGAGACGGUGAUGCAGUUCUUCAACCCCGACGGAACCGUUACCAUCGACUUCAGCGUCCUUGAUGUGGUGGUUCGGGCGGCUGAGGACACUGGCCUCAAGCUGAUCCUCGCCCUGACGAACAACUGGGCCGAUUACGGCGGCAUGGACGUUUACACUGUGAACCUCGGUGGUCGUUACCACGAUGAUUUCUACCGCCUGCCGGCCAUCAAGAACGCCUACAAGAACUACGUCAGCCGGGUGGUCAACCGCUACAAGGACUCCCCCGCCGUAUUCGCAUGGGAGCUGGCCAACGAGGCCCGCUGCGGCGCCGACGGAACGCGCAACCUCCCCCGCGGACCGAACUGCACGCCGGAGCUGCUGAUCGACUGGAUGGACGAGAUGUCGACCUACAUCAAGUCGAUCGACGCGCACCACCUCGUGACGACGGGCAGCGAGGGCCACUUCAACCGGCAGUCGAGCGACUGGACGUACAACGGGUCGGACGGCAACGACUUCGACGCCGAGAUCGCGCUGCCCAACAUCGACUUCGGCACCUUCCACUCCUACCCGGACUGGUGGAGCAAGACGGCCGCGUGGACCGAGCAGUGGAUCGUCGACCACGCUGCCGCCGGCCGCGCCGAGGGCAAGCCCGUCGUGCACGAGGAGUACGGCUGGCUCGAUACCGCCACGCGCGUCCAGGUCCUCGGCCGCUGGCAGGCCAUCUCCCGCCGAGAGCUCAUGUCCGACAUGUACUGGCAGUUCGGCUACUCCGACUACUCCACGGGCCGGAACCACGACGACGGGUUCACCAUCUACCUCGACGACGCGGAGGCCCAGCCCCUCGUUUACGAGCACGCUGCCCUGGUUAACGCCCUGCUCGGUGGUGGCAGCCCCCCUCCGCCGCCGCCGCCGCCUCCGCCGCCUCCUCCUCCUCCUCCUCCUCCUCCUCCUCCUCCUCCUCCUCCUCCCUCUUCCGGAGGUCCCAAGGUGCCGCGCUGGGGCCAAUGCGGCGGUCAGUUGUGGCAGGGCCCGGUGGAGUGCGAGACACCUUGGGUGUGCACCUACCAGAACCCGUGGUACUCGCAAUGUCUGUAA